UUUUAUCUUAUCAUGCUCGUACCCUACUUAUCUGGCAACCCCGUGGCCUUCAGACGGCCGAGCCUCCAUCCUGGCAUUUGCCUUCAUCCUGGUCCCCUCGAAGUCCCCGGACCAAAAACAGGAAGUAAACUAUGAGCGCGGAGGCAGAGGAAAUAACGCUACAGACGGUCAACUCUGUCACGCUGACCCGGGACAUCGAUGGGAGCCUCAUACUGCACUGCCCUCCUAAUGACGAGGCUUCUGAGCCUCUUCAGAAGAAGAUCCGCCUGACCACAGACGAGCAGGAGGACUCGGAGGAAGCACAGUUCACAGUGGUCCACCAACCUCUGUCAGAGAAUGACGAGAGCUUUGAGUUGACCAUGACCGCCACGGCGGACAGUGACCUCACGGAGGGGAGUGUAGCGCAGAUUCAGAUCCUGCAGGUGGAAGCAGAGUCCCUGCCUUCUCAGGAGAAGACCAGCGAUGACGUGUCGCCCGUCAGCCAGGCCUGGUUCACCACUAAGGAGGACAAAGACACGCUGGCCAAUAAAGGCCACACGUGGAAGCAGGGCAUGUGGUCCAAGGAGGAGGUUGAAAUCCUCAUGAGCAACAUCGCGCGCUACGUGAAGAACCGUGGUAUGGAGGACCCGGCGGAGAUCAUCUUUGAGAUGUCCAAGGAGGAGCGGAAGGACUUCUACCGCAGCGUGGCCUGGGGGCUGAACCGGCCGCUGUUCGCCGUGUACCGCCGCGUGCUGCGCAUGUACGACAACAGCAACCACGUGGGCAAGUACACCCAUGGAGAGAUCGAGAAACUAAAAACGCUGAGGAAGAAGCACGGUAACGACUGGGCCACCAUCGGGGCGGUACUGGGCCGCAGCGCCUCGUCUGUCAAGGACCGCUGUCGGCUGAUGAAGGACACCUGCAACACGGGCAAGUGGAGCGAGGAGGAGGAGCGGCGGCUGGCCGAGGUGGUGUACGAGAUGGCCGGGGUGUCGCCGGGCGUGGCCGUCACCGGGGGCGUGUCCUGGGCCUCGGUGGCGGAGAGGGUGCGCUCGCGCUCGGAGAAGCAGUGCCGCUCCAAGUGGCUCAACUACCUCAACUGGAAGCACAGCGGGGGCACCGAGUGGACCAAGGAGGACGACCUGGGCCUGGUGCGCAGGAUCAUGGAGAUGCAGGUGGAGGAGGAGAACGAGCUGCGGUGGGAGGAGCUAGCCGGGGGCUGGAGCAGCGUGCGCUCGCCUCAGUGGCUGCGCUCCAAGUGGUGGAACAUCAAGAGACAAGUGUCCAAUCACAAGGAGAUCCCCUUCAGCCUCCUACUGGAAGUCCUGCAGGACCUGAUGGAGUCCUCCCAGGCCAACGCCGGCACGGGGAGUCCCGCCUCCUCGGCCGCGCUGCGAGUGGCGCGAUUGGACGAGAGCGGCGGCGCCGUCGGCGGGGACGACGGGGCGUCAGCGAGCUCGGUGGCAGCGCUGCAGAUCCCGGUCCAGAUCCCCCUACAGAUCACACACCUCGACGGCUCUGCUGCCCCCGGCGACGGAGACACCAUCACCCUGAACACCGGAGCCCUGCAGACCUUCGAGAUCCUACCGUCGUUUCACCUGCAGCCCACCGGCACGCCCGGGACCUACUACCUCCAGACCACGUCCAAUCAGGGCCUCAGUCUGUCCACCAGUCAGGGCCUGCCUCUCGGCCUGGGCAGCAACAGCACCGUCACCCUGACGACAAGCUCCUCGCCCUCCUCGCCUGAGCACCAGAUCAUCCUACACAGCCUGUCCGCGGAGGGCCUCUGCUCCAGUGACGGGGUCAUCAUCCAGACGGUGACCUCUGACGCCUCCUCCUCGGAUCCCCUCGGCCAAUCACAGCUGAUUGUGGAGACGGCGGGACAGGAACAGGGGGUGGGGCUAGAGGCCUCCAGCCUCCUCGUUGGUGAGGAGUGUGUUUCAUCGGAGGCUCAGCCAAUGACAGACGGCUUUGCUGACAAGGUCCUGAGCUCCACUUCUGUUGAGGAGACCUCUGCCCUUGCCCCCGGCAGCACUGUGCUGAUUGUCUCUGCACCCAUCAGCAGCACACUGACAGAUCCGAUCCUGGAGAACCAGGAAGGAUCAGACUGAGUGGCGUGGCGGGGGUGGACACCCCCGUUCCGCUGACACCUCAACACCAGACCUGACUGAAGACGAGAGGUUGUCCCCCCCCACAAACAAAAGAAACUCAGGAGUCAUCCGAAUUCACUACAUUUCCUUUCUACUAUUUCAUUUGUUUUUUUUUCCCCAGCAUAGCAAAGUAACCAAGCUUCACAACUGAAACCCCAUUGGGAAGCAAUGUUAUUGCUAGCACCUGAUAAACACUUGCCAUGUCGCUAAAUCAGGUCACCAGUAGCCCUAACCCUGUCUGCAUACGUAUUUAUAGCUUUAAGUUAACGCCAACCAUUUAACGAUUCUUCCUUUCUCUUUUUCAUUAUUUCUAUGACGUUGCAAAAACAUACAACUUUUAUUAGCGUUGAUAGACUCUGGUGCUAAUAGCGUACUAUUUUGCUUAAGGUAUUGAGUAAUCCGUUCAAUUGGAAAUGUUGUUUACAUUGAUUGACAUGGACUUGGACGUGUGUUUUUUUUGACGAUUAAUGUUAUUCUUAAUCUAAGACUGCAUUUCGACGAAGGUGUUCAUAUAGUGUUGCUUAUGGAAUUAUUCCAUUUAUAAUCCCCCUUUUCAUGUUUCUAGUCUGAAAACUUUAGUUCAGGUUGGUUAAGGGUUAUUUUUGUCUUCAUACAUGUCUCUGAAUAUAAAUACUUUUGGAAUAAUCUGGAUUCAGGGUUUAAACGUCAAGUGUUGUCUCAAUCCUGCUAUAUUCAUCAGAACCUUGCAGUCCAUGUUAUUAACGUAUUCUGAAUAAGGGCAGGACGCUAAUGUGAUCAUGAAUUGAAUAUCCAUCAAGAAUCCACUUUACUCAAUCCAACUGAGGGACAUGAAGUAUAUAGCAAUUUUAGGCAGACUGUUUUGACCAUUUUAGGGUUAAAAAGUGUCAUGUAAUCAAUUGAGACAUCAUGAUAAGGUCUUGAUUUAUGACCCAGUCUUAAAUUGACACAGGGAGUAGAAACAUUCCAUGACAGUUGGGUAAGAACAAAUUAAAAGGUUGCUGGUUCAACACCACCAACUGUUGAAGUUCCUAUGAGUGAGUUAAAAUCAUUAUGUAUUUAUGUAUGUCCCUCUGUGUGUGUGUGUGUGUGUAAUAUAUAAAUAGUAAAAAAAAAAAAAAAAUGCAUAGGAUUUUUUUACAUGGUCCCUAAACAGGCAUGUGCCUAGAAGCUAGUGGUUUGUCUAGGUUAGUUCUUGUUGCAUUACGAAACAAGUGAUUUAUCACCUUCGACCUAACCCCACAAGUGUAUGGCUGAUGAACUUUCAUAGCUAGCGGUGAGGACUAGAUAGUAAGUGUUACAGAACAAAUUUACUUUUUAAUUUUUUUGGACACAUGUAUUUGACGUAUUUCUAAUGGGAUGAAACAACAAAUAUUGGGGAAAUGUGGAAGUGUUUGGAAUUUGUGUAUGGAAUUGUUUGGCAGGUACACCAGCAGGAUGUACAAUACAACAAUACAUUGAUGGAAACCUGAGAACUGUAAUACAAAACUGGGAAUAAGUGAUAAUUCAACAAGCUCAAUUUUAAGGCUGAGAAGAAAAGAUUUGGUAACUGGAGAUCAGAAAUAAUGUGGUAUAUAAAAUACACUAUGGGGACAACUUGGUCAACUUUCAAAAAUAUAUAUUCUGGCAAACAUACAAGCAUAGCAUUACACCCUUUUUGUUACUAUAAAAAAAUGUUUUCAGAAUACAAAUGUCCUUAAAAAUAACUUCUUAACUAAGCUCCAAUGCUGACAAACCUAUUGCCACUGACCAAAAGACCACAUUUGGUUCAGAAAACAUUGGCUCCUAUCAUUAAUGCAUUACCAUAUCAAACCACUACAGGUCAUCCUAACCCUUUUUUUUUUUUUUAAACAGCCAGUGGUCAUUUGAGUUGCUUGUGCACGUGCAGACUCAAGGAACAUUUGCUGCAAGUUAGUCUCGCACCUAGGUGUCAACACCAGAGAGGAAAACAUUGGCAGAAAAACAAGUCCAUGUGAAACUGUUUUGUAUAAUAAAGAAUGAGUUUUAUUGUG